UUGGAUUCAAUAAUUUUAAUUGGAAACAAAUCAAGUCAAAACUCAAAAUAAAGUAGUGCGUAGAGAUUAGUGCUCCUAAGUACUUGUGAAUUAUAAAUCGAACCCAGUAUAUUAUGUAAAUUUUUAAAUAGUAAUCUUUAUCAAUAAUCUUUAGUCUGAGUAGAUAAGGUUGAACCGCGGACGCACUCGAUCUCAGUGCAGAUCAGUACGUAUAAAUGGUUGUGUCCGUAAAAAUAUGAGACUUUAUUGAAAACAAUAAAACCUCCUUGGUGUAAACCUUUGUUUACAAAAAAACAUUGCCAGUCAAGUUUAAUAAUAAAUUACGAAAAUGGAAUCAACGGUUAUGGCGGGAAUUUUUCCAGAAUAUUUUUAUACCUUUGUGGAAGAAUUAGAUGAACACCCAUGGUUAUUUUCUGCAAUGGCAUCAGUACUUGUUGGUUUAAGUGGCAUUCUUCCUUUGCUGAUAAUUCCAAUUGAUGAGACUGCAUCGUUCAAAGACGGAGCUGGUGCGGCCACACUAAGGAUACUGCUAAGUUUCGCAGUGGGUGGUCUUCUCGGUGAUGUGUUUUUGCACCUGCUUCCUGAAGCGUGGCAAAAUGAUCUCGCUAAUACGAAAGAAGGCGAGCACGUAUCAAUGAAAUGUGGUCUCUGGUGCCUCUUCGGCAUGCUAGUCUUCAUCAUAGUAGAGAAGCUCUUCGCUACAGUAGAAGAAGAAGAAGAAGAGCCAAAGCAGAAUGGAUCUAUCCGACACAUAGAGAUAGAAGAGAUAGAGAAGCUUCUAGAAGCUGAGAAGAUAAGGGGGGGAGGGUGCGGGGGGAACGGGAAAGUUACGGCCAAGGAAUUGUAUGAUACGUGUGUGUUUAAUAAUAAUACUAAAGGUGAAGGUGCCUGUUGCAGUGCUAUAGCAUCAUCAAAUGGUGCCGUUCGUUGUAAAGGCUCAAGAUGGAUGGGACGAUGCUUGUUAAGAGAAGCCAGGGAAAAAGUGCAGUCUAGUGAGAAGAGUGAUAAGAAACAUGUGGCUGGUUACCUCAAUUUAAUGGCAAAUUCUAUAGAUAACUUCACACAUGGAUUAGCAGUUGGAGGUUCAUUCCUUGUCGGCUUUAGAGUCGGUCUGCUUACUACUUUUGCUAUACUUGUACACGAAAUACCUCAUGAAGUUGGUGAUUUCGCGAUCCUAUUAAAAAGUGGAUUCUCAAGGUGGGAAGCUGCUAAAGCGCAAAUGGCGACAGCAUCAGCUGGUCUGGUGGGUGCCAUGACUGCGGUUAUCUUCAGCGGAGCUAGGAAUGCUAUUGAGGCGCGAACAUCCUGGAUAACACCAUUCACAGCAGGAGGCUUCCUUCACAUAGCCCUAGUUACUGUACUACCAGAUCUACUGAGAGAGGAAAAUCGCAUCGAAUCACUAAAACAUUUAGCCGCUUUGAUAGCCGGGAUAGUGGCUAUGGCGAUUAUGUCGCAUUAUUUCUAAAAAAUGGAUUUUUGUUGCAUUAUUUCUAGAUUUUGUGAAAGAAAGAAAAGUUAAAAUGAUUAUCUCCUUGUUAACGUUUUGUUCUAUUGUAAACUGGUAUACAGGCUGUCACAGAUAUGGUGUACUAUGAUCAAAGGAACGUAUAGUUUUAAAUUUAAUACAAGAAAAAUCGGAGAUGUCGUAAGUAUUUUUGCUAAAUCUUUGAAAAACUUAGUUCCUUUGUUCCUUUAUAGUACUUACACCAAAUGGGACAUUCUGUCAAGUGAAUGCGUUAUGAACCAUUGUCUGCUAAUUAAU